CACAACAUAAUACAUUUGUUUAUCUUUUGCAGGUCAAGAAUGCUACCUCGUCCUGUUUGGAUGGCAGUCACACAAAUUGUCAUGGUUGUAAUUUACUUUCUCUUUGCUUCUGGUCUCAACGGCACACUUUAUGCUUCAACUGCAUUACUUGGCAUCUGCUACGGUGUCCAAUUCUCCGUGAUGGUUCCAACUGCAUCUGAACUAUUCGGGCUGAAGCAUUUUGGACCUAUUUAUAAUUUCAUGUUGUUAGGUAAUCCCCUUGGAGCACUUCUAUUUUCAGGUUUUUUGGCAGGAUAUGUGUAUGAUAAUGAAGUAGAAAGGCAGCAUGGUAAUUUUGUGAACAGUUUGAGAAAUACUUGCUUGGGGCCUAAUUGCUUUAGACUCACAUUUGUGGUUUUAUCGGGGGUUUGUGUGCUGGGAACGGUGCUGAGCACAGUGUUGACGAUGAGAAUAAAGCCUGUGUAUCAAAUGCUAUAUGCUGGUGGUUCAUUAAGGCAACCUCGCAGUUCAAAUCUUCGAGAGCGGCAUUCUGCUGGAAUUUAGGAGUCUUAUUAUUGCGAGUGGUUUGCAAAAUUUCGUUUAAUUAUAUAAGUUUAAGAAGCCAUAAAGAGUUAUGAUCCCUAUGGAAGGGGGUUUUCUAAUCUCGGACUACUCUGGAAUUGACUUCUAGAGAGAGCUUACACUGGAAUCUAAAGUAAAGCAUUUGGAAGUGUUUUGUUGUCUCCGUCGCCUUCUUCUUUACUAUAUCAGUAAGAUUUAAAUUACGUUUGUUUGUAGGAAAAAAGAUACUGGAGCAUCGAUGUUGUAUCAUCUUACCCUAAUUUCUGUAUGAAUUUACGUCUACCUGUUUCUUACUUU